GAUAGUGGGAUUAGCCAUCUUCUUCUCAUUCAUUUCUCUGUAUUCCAAAUACAUUCCCUUCUCAUUUUCUCCGUUAUAUCAGAAUCAACAUUGUCCAUGGGAGAAGUAGACGCAGCCUUCAUCCAAGAACCUCACCACAGACCCCACCCGUCUCUCGCACAAGAGGCCCAAGGCAUCCCUCUCAUUGAUCUCUCUUCCCCCGACGUCGACGCCCUCAUCGACGACAUUGGCCACGCCUGCAAGCAAUGGGGCUUCUUCCAGAUCAUCAACCACGGUGUUCCAUCGGAGCGCCGACUGAGGCUGGAGGCGGCGGCACGGAAGUUCUUCCAUCUGAGCUCCAACGAGAAGAGGAAGGUGAGGAGAGACGCCAGGAAGGUGUUAGGGUAUUACGACACAGAACACACCAAGAACGUCAGAGAUUGGAAGGAGGUGUUCGAUUACACAGUGCAAGAACCCACUCUCGCCGCCGCCUCCAUUGAUCCAGAUGAUGAUCGAGUGGCUCACUGGGAGAAUCAAUGGCCUCAAAAUCCUCCGGAAAUGAGGGAGGCGUGUCAAGAAUAUGCGAAAGACAUGGUGGAACUAGCCAGUAGAUUGAUGGAGCUAAUCUCUAUGAGCUUAGGCUUACCACCGCGGAGGUUCGAAGAUUUCUUCAAGGACCAUACUAGCUCCACCAGAAUCAACCGCUAUCCGCCAUGUCCAUCCCCUGAGCUUGCUCUCGGGGUGGGCCCACACAAAGACCCUGGAGUCUUAACCAUCCUUGCCCAGGACGAAGUAGGCGGCCUCGAGGUGAAGCGAAAAUCCGAUGGCCAAUGGGUUGGGGUCAAACCAAUACCCAACACUUACAUCAUCAAUUUGGGCGAUGUUCUUCAAGUGUGGACGAAUGGACAAUAUCAGAGCGUAGAUCACAGAGUUAUGGUGAAUUCGGCGAAGGAGAGAUUCUCAAUACCGUUCUUUCUAAAUCCUUCGCAUUACACAACGGUGGAGCCAUUGGAAGAACUAACUAACGACCAAAACCCAGCCAAGUACAAGUCUUAUAACUGGGGCAAGUUUGCACUGACCAGGAAGCGCAGUAACUUCACGAAGCUGCCGGUUGAAAAUAUCCAGAUUCACCAUUUCCAGAACAUUCCGACCCAUAGUUAUUUACGAGAUUGCCCUAGAAUUUUUGGAUGAGGAUGAAAUAAGGGCGGUGGUCACUUGAUGAUGAUGAAUGCAGUUCUUUUGUCUUUUGUGUUUUUUUUCAAAACUAGGUCCCAUGUGAUAUGAUUAAAUAAAUAUAUUUAUCGGCGGAGCAAUUUUGUUUUUAAAUGUGGGUGAAUAGUAAAAUGGCUGAUCUGUGUGCUGUGAGCUUUUGGAUCA